UUGAGACUUUUCCUCAACGCACCUCACCUCUGUCUCCUCCCUCUUCCACUCCCUCUUCUCUCUUCCAUACCCUAGUUCUUGAUGCGCUUGUGAGGAGGUGGGAGAAGGUAUAAGGCAUGGAGCGCAUCGUAGGCGGGAAGUAUAAGCUUGGGCGCAAGAUCGGGAGCGGAUCCUUCGGUGAGAUCUAUCUCGCGACCCACGUUGACACGUUCGAGAUCGUCGCGGUCAAGAUCGAGAGCAGCAAGACCAAACACCCACAGUUGCUUUAUGAGGCCAAGCUGUAUAACAUUCUUCAGAGUGGAAGUGGUAUAGCAAACAUAAAAUGGUGCGGUAUAGAAGGAGAUGACAAUGUUCUUGUUCUUGAUUUGCUUGGUCCAAGCCUUGAAGAUCUGUUUGUCUAUUGCGGUCGGAAGUUCUCACUAAAGACAGUUCUGAUUCUGGCAGAUCAGAUGAUUACGAGAAUUGAGUAUGUUCAUUCAAAAGGGUUUUUACAUAGGGAUGUUAAACCUGAUAACUUUCUCAUGGGCCUUGGGCGGAAAGCAAACCAGGUAUACAUCAUCGACUUUGGUCUUGCAAAAAGAUAUCGGGAUUCUACCACCAAUCGCCAUAUCCCAUACAGAGAAAACAAAAAUUUAACUGGUACUGCUCGCUAUGCAAGUUGCAACACUCAUAUGGGCAUAGAACAAAGCCGUCGGGAUGAUUUAGAAUCACUUGGUUAUGUUCUUCUGUAUUUUCUAAGAGGAAGUCUUCCAUGGCAGGGUCUAAAAGCAGCCACGAAAAAGCAGAAAUAUGAUAAAAUAUGUGAGAAAAAGCUUUCGACUCCUAUAGAGGUUCUAUGUAAGUCCCAUCCAGUGGAAUUUGCCUCCUACUUCCAUUACUGUCAUUCAUUAACAUUUGAUCAACGACCUGAUUAUGGAUUUCUGAAGCGCCUAUUCCGGGAUUUGUUUCACCGUGAAGGUUUCGAGUUUGAUUAUAUCUUUGACUGGAGCAUUUUGAAAUACCAGCAAUCGCAAAGAACAAAAGCUCAGCCUCGAUUUUCACCAGCCUCUGGUGGAAUGACUAGCCAAGCAAUCCCGAUGGAUAUCGACAAACAUCAAGGGGUAAAUGAUGUCACUUGUCCAGAUGAUACUACAAAGCGCAUUGGACCAAGUAAUGCAGGACGUCCCACAGUUCAAAUGCAGUUUAAAUCUUCAGCUGAUAAAAAUCUGAUUUCUGACAAGCAGCAUCUUGAGAAGAUGAGAGUGGGAACAACUGCUGAAAAUGCAGAGGUGCCACCUACAUCAUUUGCUCUUCCUGGUGCUUCAAAGAGAAAUAUUCUAAGCUCAAAACAAUCUGGGCCAGCUGAUGCUUCACACCUUGGUCAGGGUUCAGGAAGCAACUUUGGUUCAUCCAGCAGUUGGAUUCCUACAUUGCAGCGAAAUGCUUCAGCCAAAUGACUGGUAUCAUGCAAACAUGAAGGAUCUGAAGAACAGUUUACAUUUGCUGCUGAAAAUGGCUACAAAGUGAUGAUUGCUCAGGUCACUUUCUGGAUACCAGGAUGCGUGCUGUAUUUUUAUUAAGUUUUCAGGUGCCAAUCUUCCAUCCUUUUUUGUAAGAGGCUUUCAUCAAAUAGCGGUACAUCUUUACCGUAAGUCGGUUACUGCAAUCUAGUCUUCUUCAGGAUGAUGCUGUAAUGGUUGAAAAGGUGAUAAUUUUGAAGAAACCUGGCUUUCAGUAUGGAGAAUAUAUAAACAGGUUUUCCAGAUUAUGGAGAGCCACAAGGUAGUCUUUUGUGGCGCACCAUGCUCCCUGCACUAUAAAGAGCUGAUCAUGAUAAUUCUCUAUGAUUUCUGUGCAUAGUUUUGCAGAUUGAGAAAUGUCACAGAAUUCUGUGAAUUUCUGAAAGAUUACCAUGGGAGAUGAAAGGGUUGAAUUUAUUCAUAGUGAUCCGGAAAGAUUUUCUUUCUAUAGAAACAUACAAGUGAGCAAAAAAUCUAAAGAUGUAGAUUAUGCUCAUAAAUACCUUCCAAAAUGGCCCAAACAAAUGAGAUUCUGCCAGAUUUCGCAUUCAUGGAUGCAGAAUCGUCUAAUCCUAGCCUAAUCUUAAGGUGUGCUUGAAAUUCAUAUAAUUAAACUGCUUGAAUCUUGAAACAUCAGCAUCUUCCCAUGGAGCUGGAAUGCUAUAUAUCUUCUUCAUGUAAUAUCUCAGCUGUUGUGAGGUUGUCUGUUCACUCAAGGAUUUUUUUGCAGGAGGGAGGCUUUGGGUAGUUUCAUGUUUGCCUUCAAAAUUUGUAGGCCCAUUCCUAACCUUGUUCUUAUUCGCCUGCUUUAUUCUUUUAUGUCCAGUAGUAUGUCGUCUGUUGUCAAAUUGCUAGUAAAGGUAAUUUCUAAUAUAUUCUCCCCCAUAUGGUAGAAGUUUGUGAUGCAUUAUAAGGUUUGCACGGGUGCAUAAGUGAUUAAAAAGGUUGCCUUCUAAUUAUGUGACAGUGCUAUGGUUCUAGAACAUUGUGUUUGGAACAGGUAUAAAUGCCGGACUGUAUGUGUCAUAUCCCUUUGAUGUUGUAAACAAAAUACUACAAUUGUCUCAUGAUUGUAUUGCUCUGCUGUGAUUGAGAAAGGCUACCAUCUAACUAUGCAACAGCACUGCUUCUCUAAAAACCUUGUGUUUGGAAAAGGGUAUAAAUGCAGAAUUGCAAAUGUGUGAUGCUUUAAGAAAAAUGCUACACUUGUUUGAUGAUCAUAUUUUUUUGCUUUCUUUGCAUGUUAGCUUACCAGGUUUUUAAUUACUUGGUUUGAAGUUCGAAUGCUAACCAUAUAGGAGUAUCUCUGUUGAACCUGUUUUGCAAGACUUUGGUAUAUGUGUUUCAGAUAUAUAAUUCCUAAAUCAGUUGCUGAAUAUUUUGAAUGACAAAUUGUGAUUCUAUUACCAUGCUAACAUGCCCAGUGGCAUUGUAUAUGCGCUUUUCUUUUCUGCUUUGUUUUAUCUAAAUAGCAGAUGUUGCUAAUUUAUAAUGCUGUGACUUCAGCUUGCUACCUUUUCAGAAUUAUGCACGAUCCGGGAGAUGUAAGCAGAAUAAUUAUGGAAGGUAGAUUUAAGCAGGUCUGUAAUAUUGGACCUAGCUUCAAAAAUUAGGCUUUCUUAUAUCAAUGUAUGCUUUUGUAGCUUGCUUUACCUGUCUGCUCUCUCUCUCUCUCUUGUUGAAUUUGUCAUCCUCUUCCCUCCGGUAUCCAUGUGACGUCAUUGUUGUUUGUAUCCAAUCUAAUUCAUCUUGGCUAUUGUUUCCUGAUUUAUUUGGCUAUCUCAGCUUGCAAGGAAGGCUUGAAUUGGGAGCCGAGUUUUCAUGCCCCGUUGAAGCCAUGGCCAGCUUGAUUGAGAACAUGCUUGGAAAUCUUGUACUUUGUUUGAUGAGUUCCAUCCCAGUCCUGUAGUUGAUAAAAUGAUGGGAUUGAGCAAGUUUAAGCAGCACAGUGUGUUCUUGGAUAAUUGCACGUAACAGGCGGUUGGGGUACGUUAGGGCACAAACCCAUACAAAAGCAGGCGCAUGUUUAAUUGAUCUUAUUUGGAUUUAAAUGCAUUGCAUUGCUUUAUCUGGUUUA